AUGGCCUCCCUUCACAAAGAAACAAGCUCCCUCAAUCACACGGCAAAGGUGGAAGACUUGUUCACCUUUAGUUCUCUACUAGGCGACGCUGAGGCCUUCCACCUGGACGAAAUCCGUGACGCAUACGACGCCGACCUCGCCGGUACAGGUACUAUCUGGGCCGAAGAGCCGCCGGGUGUCGAGCGCUGCAAGUCGCCGUUAAAAACGUUUCGGAAGCGGAUGCUGCACAAUGUUAUCGAGGAAGGGAAUUACGCAAUGGCAGAGACGCUGCUGCGUCUCAGUCAGGAUCUGAGGCUAGAUUCGAGUCGGGACAGCAUAGCCUCUGGGGGUCUCACAUAUCUACAGUUCACCCUUUGUAAUGGUCAAGGUCGCAUAUUAGAUGCACCGCUCGCAGCGGGCCUGUAUAUCAUUGCUGCGGAUGAAAGGGAUAUGACGCCUCUGCACAUGACGUGCAUGGGAAGCGACAGAAUGAUGAUUAAGCGUCUAAUAGAUUGUAAAUUGGUUGAUGCCAAUGCGUUGGAUAAGAAGGGUAGUACGACUUUAUAUAUCUUACUCGAAUGUGGAGCGGGAGGGAUAUCCGUUGACGACGAUGCAAAUGUUGAGCUUUGUUGGCUUCCCCUCUCCCGAGGUGCCUCGCUCGACGCUCUCGACAACGAUGGAAAUAUGACACUCCACAUGGCCUGCAAAUCAUGGGAUGUGAGGCUCAUAAACUCUCUGAAUGAGAAGGUAUACCAUGUGGAUGCCAUGAAUGGGAUAGGGAUUAUCGCCCUUCAUUGUCUUUCUAUGUGGGUUAGCGUUGGGAGCGAUCAGUGGUUGCUCUCACUUGUUGACGUCACUCAUCUUGAGGCCAUUGGCUCCCUGUCCGACCGGGGCACCGACAAGCAAACUAGCAGGUUUGAAUCGAUAUGCGUCGAAUACACGCCCUUGGUUCUGGCCAUCGCUUCUGGAGAAAGAAAAUAG